AUGGGCGACGACGAGAAACACGUCCGGUCGAGUGUUGAAAAGGGCAGCAGCGAUGAGGGCGGGGAGAAGCAGGGACAUCUUGUCGCGGUUACAGCGGAAGAGGUUGAUACAGGUGCGGCCCUUGUUGCGGGUGACCACGGGGAGCUCGACCCCGUGGAGGCGGAUCGUGUCCUUCGCAAAAUCGAUUGGCACAUUCUCCCGUUAAUGUGCAUUUUGUAUUGGAUACAGUUCAUGGACAAGACGACACUCGGAAGCUCUGCGAUUCUGGGUAUUCAGAAAUCAACCCAUCUCACGACCAACCAAUACAACUGGCUCGGCACGAUUUUCUACCUUUCCUACCUCGUAUUCGAAUUCCCGCAGAACCUUGCUCUCCAGCGCUUUCCUGUUGCCAAGUGGAUGAGGUUCCCGCUUUUUCGCUUCCAUUGGCAUCUCUUCUUUGCUGACGGCUUCGACAGCAUCAACAUCUUCGUAUGGGCUGUCGCGUUGUGCUCACACGCAGCUUGUAAAAGCUUCGGCGGUCUCUUUGCUGCUCGGCUCGUUCUUGGAAUGUGCGAGGGCAGUAUCACCGCGGGCUUCAUGCUGGUUUCGUCCAUGUUCUACACGAGAAAGGAGCAGACGCUACGAGUUGGUUACUGGUUUCUUAUGAACGGGACGGCCCAAAUUAUCUCCGGUUUCAUCUCCUUCGGCUCGCUUCACAUCCAUACGGCCAAUUUCAAGCCAUGGCAGUGGUUAAUGAUCAUAACCGGCAUAUUGACAUUUAUAACAAGUCUUUUGUUCUGGUUCUUCUUCCCGGACUCUCCCACCUCUGCGUGGUUUUUAACCCCUCAAGAGCGGGCGGUGGCUGUCUUGCGAAUCAAAGUCAAUCAAACUGGCGUCGAGAACAAACGCUUCAAGAAGGAACAAAUGAUCGAGGCCCUGUUGGACCCCAAAACGUGGCUCUUCGCGCUCUUCUCCGCGUUAGACAACAUCCCGAACUCGCUGACAAACCAGCGCCAGAUCAUAGUCUCGUCCUUUGGAUUCACGGUUCUGCAGACAACUUUGUUGGGCUGUGUCGAUGGUAUUGUCGAAAUUGUCACCAUCUUCACGGGCGUGCGGAUUUCAGCGAGAUUGGAUAGCCGCGCGUGGGUCGCAUUUGUGUAUUUCCUGCCGAACGUAUUGGGCGUCAUCCUGAUAAACACGCUUCCGUGGAGUAACAAGGUCGGGCUGCUGUUUGGUGUGUGGUUGACAGGCGUCGGGACAACAGGAUUCGUUCUUUCUCUAUCUUGGCUAUCUUCUGUAACGGCCGGCCACACGAAGCGUGUGACUACGAACGCGAUCAUGCUCAGCGCCUAUUGCAUUGGCAACUCUGCGGGGCCGUUCAUGUGGCAGCAGAAAUACAAGCCGCGUAAUCACGUUCCAUGGACGGUCAUCGGAGUCUGCUAUGGCUGCUGCAUGCUGCUUGUCCUCGGCAUCCGCCAGCUCCUUAUUGCAGAGAACAGACGCCGGGACGCCGAGCCGCCUGCAGACGAUCCGUACGAUAAUGUUUACGUGGAACGGGUUGGGACGGAUGGAAAGGUGGAACGGGUCAAGUUGGAUAAGGUCAAAUACUCCCUCUCAGUCUUGCAGUUGAAUCUAAUGCAACAUAUGGACAACAGGAAUACCUUGACCUGA